AUGGUAUUUUCGCAUGACAGGAUAUCUGUGCCCACUGAUGAUAGCAACGGAGCUGCCCUUGAGGAGGCGUUGACGGAAGUUGUCACCGGGCCACCAAGCUUUGCCGAAUGCAACGGCGUGAGCUACGACAAAUCGCAACAGGCCUGCUGUGGAGGCGAGCUCUACUCUUUGACAUCGGAGGGCUGCUGCGGAAAUCAAACAGUCUACGCCUUUGCACAGCAAGGUUGUUGCAACCAGGAGCACGUGUUCACCUAUGGAAUUGAAACCUGCUCUGCAGCUCCGUCUUCAAGCGAAGAGACGGCGCAGUUCACCUGUGGAGCUGACUGGCCCCCUGAGUCCUACAGCAGCUACUGGCGUCGAUAUUGCGCUGCAGGACAGCACAUGGCAUGGGCGAUGACGGCUUCAUGCAACGUCGGAUGGCUUUCGGUGCAGCAGAGUAGCCUUGAGCAGGCUGAGGCAAAGGCUUUGGAGGCCUGUAACAAGAAGGCUGCUGCAUUCAACGGUGAGACCUGCACGAUUUUCGAUCGCGAUGGCAGCCAGUGCCGGAGGCAGCGUUGUGGAACAGAAAUCUAUGAUGCAUCUGUGAAAACAUGCUGUGGUGGUCGGGUAAUUGACAGAGUUCUUCAGGGCUGCUGUGGCGGCGUUGUCUUUGAAGCCCAGAGUCAGGGCUGCUGCCAGGGCCGGGUCUACUCCAAGGCCUCGUACAGUUGCUGCGGCGGCAAAGUGCUUUACGAUGCGGAAGCACGCGGCUGCUGCUUGGAAAACGGCCCCCAGGCAGGGCAUUUUCCAACAUGUUGUCUCCUAGCUUCUGCAAUACCAGCAUCAAGGUCUACAAGUUUGGCGUGCAGAAUUGUUGCCGGCAUCCAAAGGGUGUCUGUACCAUUCGACCUGGCCAGUAUUCGUGUUGCCACUGAUCUCGGGGAGCGAGCCUGCAAGAUGCAGACAACCUCGCCAGGCUCAGAGUCUUUCAGAAUAGCCUUCGCAAUGACACGGCGCGGGCAUUUAUGA